AUGUUCUCAUCUCAUCUACAACCUCUUUCUCUCUCCUCUGCUUCGCCUCCCUCUCCUCUCCUCCCCUUAGCUUCUCUGUCGUCCUCCCUUCACUUCUGUGUCUCCUCUGUAGCAUGUCGCUCCGCCCAUUCCUUCCUCGCUCCGCCCAUUCCUUCCUCUUUCCUCCCCUUCCUUCCUCGCUCCGCCCAUUCCUUCCUCUCUCCUCCCCUUCCUUCCUCACUCCGCCCAUUCCUUCCUCUCUCCUCCCCUUCCUUCCGCUUCUCCCGCCCCUCCAGAGAGGUGUGUGACCUGGACACGUGGUACAGCAGCGGCAUGGCAUGGAUGGCACUCACACCGCUGCUCUCCUCGCCCUCCCUUUCCUUCCCCAAUCCCCCCCAACCCCCUCAGGUGUGUGACCCAGACACGUGGUACUGCAGCGGCAUGGGGUGGAUGGCGCUCACACUGCUCUCCCUCAUGGCGGAGGAGGACGCCUUCCUCUCCCUCCUCUUCCUCAUGCACCGCUCGUUUCCCCUCUCCCCCCUCCUUCCCUCAGGUGUUUUGGUGGUCCCAAGGCACAUGGAACUGCAGGGGCAGAGGGUGGGCUGCGCUGCUCUUUGCCCCUCUCCCUCCUCACCCCAACACUCUCCCCCUCCUCUUUUUUCCCCAUUCCCCCCUCAACUACCCCCUCUAAUAGGUCAGCAUGCGGAGGCCACUCCCCUGCCCUUCUCUUUCCUCUCUCUGCCCUCAUAUCCCACUCUCCCUCAAACACCCUCCCCCCUCCACCAGGUGUGUGACCCGGACACGUGGUACUGCAGCGGCAUGGGGUGGAUGGCGCUCACUCUGCUCUCCCUCAUGGCGGAGGAAGACGCCUUCCUCUCCCUCCUCUUCCUCAUGCACCGCUCUCCUUGCCCCCUCCCCCCUCCUUCCUCCUUUCCUGCUGGUGAUUUCACCCCAACACAUGGUACCGCAGCAGCAUGCGGAGGCCACUCCCCUGCCCUUCUCUUUCCUCUCUCUGCCCUCAUAUCCCACUCUCCCUCAAACACCCUCCCCCCUCCACCAGGGGCAGAGGGUGGGCUGCUCUUUGCCCCUCUCCCUCCUCACCCCAACACUCUCCCCCUCCUCUUUUUCCCCAUUCCCCCCUCAACUACCCCCUCUAAUAGGUGUGUGACCCGGACACGUGGUACUGCAGCGGCAUGGGGUGGAUGGCGCUCACUCUGUUCUCCCUCAUGGCGGAGGAAGACGCCUUCCUCUCCCUCCUCUUCCUCAUGCACCGCUCUCCUUGCCCCCUCCCCCCUCCUUCCUCCUUUCCUGCUGGUGAUUUCACCCCAACACAUGGUACCGCAGCAGCAUGCGGAGGCCACUCCCCUGCCCUUCUCUUUCCUCUCUCUGCCCUCAUAUCCCACUCUCCCUCAAACACCCUCCCCCCUCCACCAGGUGUGUGACCCGGACACGUGGUACUGCAGCGGCAUGGGGUGGAUGGCGCUCACUCUGCUCUCCCUCAUGGCGGAGGAAGACGCCUUCCUCUCCCUCCUCUUCCUCAUGCACCGCUGCGGCCUCCGAGGGCUCUUUGCGCCCAACAUGCACCAGGUGGGUGUGGCUGAGAUGAAAGAGAGGGGACACUCUCAACACGCGCCUCUCGCAGCUCUCCCAGUUCCUGGCAGAGUCCACACCUCUUCCAGCUUCACCUCUCACCUCACUGUCAAACCCUCUCGUCCGCUUCCCCUCUCCUCCCUUCUGUCCCCCGUCCAGCUCAACACGCGCCUCUCGCAGCUCUCCCAGUUCCUGGCAGAGUCCACGCCUCGCCUGCACUCCUUCUUUGAAGACCUGCAGCUCAAGCCAAGCAUGUAUGCAGCGGACUGGCUGCUCUCCCUUUUCGCCCGCCACAUGCCUCAGUACCUUGUGUACCGAGUGUUUGACAUCGUGCUUGCUGAGAGGACCAUGUCAGUGGUGUUCAAGCUCGCCAUAGUGCUGCUGCAGGUCACCCGGCGUCAGCUGAUGCUGUGUCCCGAGUUCGACUACUGUCUUCACUUCCUUCACUCCGAGCUGCCUCUGGAGCUCAAUCUCCUGCCGGACAGGGAAGUCGAGGAGCUGGUCUCCAAGGCCCUGAGGGUGCGCCUGCCUUUUGAGAGCGUGCUGCGGCUGGAAGCAGAGUACGACCAGCUGGCGGGGGAAGCAGCGGUGGCGGCACAGGAGGUGCAGGCAGCAGCAGAGGCGAGUGAGGUGGCUGCAGAGUCGUGGGAGCGGGACAGGCAGGAGCUGGAGGGGGAGCUGCUGCAUGCACUUGAGCUACUGGGGUCGUCUCAGACAUACCUCUCAGCACUCUUCUCUCACUUCAAGGCUGUUCAGGCCCGCGCCGGUCUCACCAGACAGCUGAGUGCCGCUGCUGCUGCUGCUGCUGCUGCUGCUAGUGCAGCUGGUGCUGCUGCAUCUAAUGCUCUGCCUGCCUCUUCAGAAGCACUCAAUCCUGAUUCUCAGCAGUUAGGUCCUCAUGCUGCUGCCCCUCAAACUCACCCAGUCUCGCUUCCCUCAGACUCCAAAUCCUUCUCCCUUCCCGACCUCCCACCUCUUCCCGAGCCUCCGACUCCUCCCGAACCUGCCCAGCCUCGGCCGCUGGUGGUUCGGAUCCCGGGCCUGGAGCCCGGAGCUGACAUCAGCAGCAUGUCCACUGCUGCUUUGCUAAGUGCUGUGGCGGCGCUUAGGAAGCAGAGGGCAGCAGCGGAGGCGGCACUUAUGGCAGCAGAGCAGCAGCUUAUGGAGUGUAUACGGAGCGAUAAUGCGGCAAUAGAUGCGUGCUUGAGGGGGCAGGCUAUGAGGGCGAGGAAGCGGCAGUUGGUUGGGCGCAAGGGAAGCGACUCUGGUGUGGGGUGCUGA